AUGGCGGACAGCGCGAAGGGGCGGCCGGCGGCGGCCCCCGCUGGGAAGGCGCUGACGGCGGAGCAGGUGGUGGCCCGGUUCAACCGGCUGCGGCAGGAGCAGCGGGGCCUGGCCUCGAAGGCGGCCGAGCUGGAGCUGGAGCUGAACGAGCACAGCCUGGUCAUCGAGACGCUGCGGGAGGUGGACCCGGCGCGGAAGUGCUUCCGCAUGGUGGGCGGCAUCUUGGUGGAGCGCACCGUCAAGGAGGUGCUGCCGGCCCUGGAGGGCAACAAGGAGCAGAUCAGCAAAAUCAUCGAGACGCUGAACCAGCAGCUGCAGGCGAAGGGCCGGGAGCUGAACGAGUUUCGGGAGAAGCACAACAUUCGCCUGGUGGGCGAGGAGGACCCCAAGCAGCCCCCCAAGGAGGGGGCCGAGGGGGCCGGCGCCAAGGGCAGCUCGGCCGGCGUCCUGGUCUCCUAGCUCCCCGCCCCCUUCUUCUUCCUCCUCUCCUCGCUUUCUUAAAUAAAUGUCUUUUUUUUUCCCUUUG